GUGGGGGGGUAUGUGGUCUGUGUUUGUAUUGUGUUGUAUUGUGUUGUAUGGUUUAUUUAUAUGACUCUUGACACACAUUCAGGUCUUUAGGUGACUAUGACUGUGUCAGGGGGAAUGAGGACCCCAGCAGCAGCUUUCAACAGAACCAUUUGGUCCUUUUUAUUUAUAUAACAUUUUACUGGAUCCAUUUUUAGCACUUGAUUUAAAAAACUAAAUAAAACACAAGUAAAGCCAAAGAAUCACUUAUUCAAGUCAGUUUAACAUGAUGCAGUUGUGUUUGAAGACAAAUCCUAAUACAAAGGUGUUAAAUGCAAAUGUAUUGUUAAAGUAAAAUGAGCAACCUCUGAAAAUUCUUUUCUUUUCUUUUAUUUUUAAUUUUUUUUUUUACUGUAGAGUGGAGAGAAUGUUAUAGUGAAUCAAUGUGUUGCAUGCAUGUUUCACUCAGUAUGAGACCGCAUCUGAUAUACGGCAUAUGUUUUUGUAAUUUCUGUUUGUUUCAGUAAAUAACCAUGAUCUUCAUCAUGCACGGAAAUCACUGUCAUUUUUCGAAUGUGUUACAUAUAUUUAUUGUUCCAUAUUUAUAAAAAUAUGUAUCAAUAAAAAAACAAACAAACAAACAAAAAAAUAAUAAAACACAAUGUUUCUGUUGUCUGUACGUUCACGGUCAAGUCCACUGUCAUCUCUCUCUUAGUGUCAGUGCUCUAUCACAGGUUCACCAGCUGCUCACUGCAACACAACGCAACUCAAAAGAGCGCAGCAUCAACAAUAACUAACAAUAGUGUGUGUGUGUGUGUGUGUGUGUGUGUGUGUGUGUGUGCAUGUGUGCGUGUGUGCGUGCAUGUGUGCAUGUACUGGUGCAUGAAUGUUCACCCACAUUUGUUUUGUUUUACAUUAAAAUGAGAACACUUUGUAAUGAAGACGAAAAAGAAACCACAAUUUACACUCUCUCUCUCUCUCUCUCUCUCUCUCUCUCUCUCACACACACUCCCUCUCUCUCUCUCUCUCUUUCUCUCUCUCUCUCUCACACUCCCUCCCUCUCUCUCUCUCUCUCUCUCUCUCUGUCUCUCUCUCUCUCUCUCUGUCUCUCUCUCUCACACUCCCUCUCUCUCUCUCUCUCUCUCUCUCUCUCUCUCUCCAGAGUGGAGUACAGUGUUUUGUGUCUCUAUGAGAAACAUCAUGUUAGUAUAGCUGUAACCCCUCUUUCUAUCUCUCUCUCUAUUUCUCAAUCUCUGUCUCUCACUCUCAGUGAGACUCUGUCUCUCUAUCUGUCUCUCUAUCUAUCUGUCUCUCUCACACCUCCACAUUUCUUCCAUGCCUUUUAUCAGCCUGUGGGUUUUUCACAAUUCUCAGACUGACACAGAGAAGCAGUGAGGAAGUAAGAACUCAGAAGUUGUUCGUCUUUGAUGGCAGCGGUGUUUUCUAGAGGGUAAAGUUUUGGGCAUGGAAGGCUGCCGUGACUGGGUGGAGUGUGUUCAAUUUGGGUUCUACAUUCCCAUCCUCGCAGCUGGUUUUCCUUUAAACAUGGCCGCCUUGUGGCAGCUGUUCUUCCGCGUUCGUCGCUGGAACGAAUCCACUAUUUACCUGCUGAACCUUGUCGUUAAUGACUGCCUGCUCCUGCUUGCACUGCCGUUUAAAAUCAUGGCUUACCACCGGCCAUGGAACCUUGGACGCUUUUCCUGUUCACUGUUUGAGAGUUUUGUCUACGUCAACAUGUAUGGCAGCAUCCUGCUGAGCGUGUGCAUCUCUGUGGAUCGCUAUGUCGCUCUGCACUUUCCCUUCCGGCGCCUGCAAUCCAAACGGAAGGCUGUGUUUAUCUGCGCAGUUGUGUGGGCAUUAUUGUUUGGGUUUAGCUACCCGGUUUAUGAUUUACACAGGGACAGCAGUAACGUGUCAUUCUGCUUCCAGAACUUUUCCAACCGCACAUGGACGAAACAGUGGAUUGUAGUGUGUGUGGAGUGUGUGUUUUGGGGCAGCACUCUCAUCAUGGUGCUCUGCUCGGGGCACGUUGUUAAAAUCCUGCAUGAUUUACGUAAACGAAACCCCAAUGAUGCUAAACUACGAAACAACAAGAGUGUAAAGAUCGUGCUCAGCAACCUGGUGGUGUUCCUCUUAUGUUUCAUUCCGUAUCACAUCGCUGUGCUUCUUUAUUUCUAUGUUAAACAGAACAACAUAUCAGAUGUUGGUGAACUGCGUAAAUUUGUCCACCUAAGUCUGUGUGUGAGCAGCGUGAACUGCCUCGCAGAUGCAGUCUGUUAUUAUUUCAUACUGAAAGAAAACCUGCAGAUUGCCCAGCAAGACGCCAGAGCCAACACACUCACACAGCAC